AGCUAAAAUCUUGAAAUUUGAUUGUUUUAUAUGAAGAAUAGAAAAAAAGAAUUUCGUUAGAAAUUGUGCAGGGGCAAAGAAUUUUCCUCUGUUUUUAGCGUGUGUGCGUCUAGUGUAUGUUUGUACGCAAGAGUAAACUUUUUUGUUCGAAGAUACGCGUAGUGGUUAAUAUAAAAGUGUAAUCACUUUCUUUUUAAGUACUGAAAACUUGUUGGUCCGUUGAGUUUUUUAGUGAAAAAUUUUGCAAUUCAAAAUAUGGAUGAAACAACGUUCGAGUAAGGCGUUCGCAAGAGAAUAUAUAGGACAUUGAUGCUUCCCGGCAGCCUGGAACAGCAGGACAAUUUGUCAAUUUAAAUACCAUCAUUUUCAACCCUUUUCUUUAUUUUUUCAUAGAUUGGGCACAGCCCUACAAUGGACACUUGCUACAGAAGUUAUCCAUUAAUGCCGCCCGCCAUUUUUCGUAAUCAAGCUAAUUAUAAAUAUUUUAGUAAGAGGUUUGGAGAAAAAGACAACUUAUACUUAACUCUAAACGAAAUUGAUGAUUAUUUCCUGCAACCUAAACAGAAAGCUGAUCGGAAUGGAAUCGGAAGUAAAACUACUUUAGAUCCUCGUAACAAAAAAGAAGUAGCUAAAGUUUGUUACGAUUACACCACUCAUACCGUACGCCAUAAACCUUAUAUUUUUUAUUCAAAAUCGCCGUCCACUAUGAACUGCUACACGCACGCUUUCGGUGUGAGAAUUGUAAAGGCCCUACAAGAUUGUAUAUCUCUAAAUGAUGAAGACUUUUACAAGUGGAACUCUCUAAGAGCCAUAAGAUCAAAAGAAGAUUCACAAUUUCAAAAAUUUGUUUUUGAUUAUCAAGAAAAAAACAAAGAGCAAUUAUAUCUACAAACCAAAACAUUGACUCAACUAUAUAAGCAAUGGUACGACGAAAAAAUUAAAAUGUUGAAAGCCCGUAUCCCCGCUAGGGCAUACAGCGCACAUUUAGGUUUGCCUCAUAUAAGAGUUUGCAAAGCAUUUUUAACAGACCAAAUUUCCGAGAUUUCAGAACCUAACUUAAUAAGCCAUAAAGGUUAUAUAAGAAGGGUUAACAAGGAAGAAACAUUAAGCUAUGAAGUUCUUGCACGUAAUAUAGUAAAAUAUGCCCAAGACUACAACAAUUCUUUGGAAGAAGAGAAUCUUAUGCAGCUGUCCUUGCAAGACGACUUUCUCAGCAAUUUAAAACAACGAGAAACUUCUUUACAUACGUUUUACAUACCACUGGAAACGAUAAUGUUUCUUUUAACUGCAGGUGAUUAUGUAGAUUUACCUACAGAAGUGCUUUUCGAAAUAAAAAAAAUAGAGCCAGACAUGGAAAAUAGUUCCAAAUUAGUAAUAAUGGAAGAACCGUUGCCCUCAAGAGUGUGUGGUUGGCAUACUCAUAAAAAAGUUGUGGAGCAAGCUGUUCUGGCACUAUUAUCAAAUGAAGAAAAACAACAAGAUGUACCUUUGAAACGCAAAUUAAUCGCAGGGAAUACAAACGAUGAUUUAAAAAGAGAAGGUACUCUAGCUAAUUGUCUUGAAUAUAGAUUGGUAGAUAUUGAAACUUACAUGAGAUCGUUCGAAGUUAAUAAAACGAGUGCGUGUAAAUUUUCAAAAAUGCUAGCAAGGUGGACCUUAAAAACCGUUGAAAGUGUAACUAACCCUGAAAUAUACACAUCCAUGGAUGUGCCGAGCGGCAUAGAUGAACAGAGCCAUAUGACCACAAUUAAAAUGGAAUAUAAAACCAGGUUUGGCUGCGAAAUUUUGACAAAAUAUGAAAUGUUACGCGAAUGGUUUCGCUUGAAAUUGAUGAAGCACCCCCAAAUAAUUUGCUGCAGAUUAGAUGUUAACACUUAUCAAACUGUGGCCCAAGAGACCCUCACUUUGGAGCGUUUAGAAAAAUCUCUGUUUACCAGAUAUAACUUAAAUAUGGCACAAAUAUUAUAUAAUUUAAGCGAGUUUCUUAAAUUGCUGCUUACCAUGCCGAACAGUUUCUACAUGCUUCGCUACAAUCCGAAAUUUAAAGAUAAGGUAAUAUUGUGUCGAUCGUCUGAACAAGAAACCCAAAAUACUGUUUACUUACAUGAAUUGUUGCAAACAAAUCCCUCGGACCUGGCCUUUAUAUCACAACAGAAUUACUUGCCUAUUGCAAAUGACGUAUGUAGUUCAAUGCAUUUGAAACACAAAGUAAUUCCAUGUGCUUUUCGACCAUUUUCAACGUUUGCGAAAAGUCGCCAAAAGGCUCUCAAAAGGUUAGCAAAGCCACUAAACGAUCGGGAUUUAAUCUUGAAAAAGGCUUCUGGGAAAAAAGCAAUAAAGUUACGCGAGAGUGCAACUAAGAAAAAUAAAACGAGAAAACGACGAAGGGAAGGGCGUCUGAAAUUUGCUAAUCAGGAAAAAGAAAGGAUGGACCUUCAAAAAGAAAUUGAAAGUGAUCGAAUGUUUUUUGUUAAUUAAUAUGCGCAUAUUGAUCGAGUGUCUCUCGACCCCCUCCAAAGUUGGCUAAAGUGUGCAGAAAAUCCUCCGGAGCAAUAAAAAAGGUAACGCGAAGACACAAAAUUGCAUUAAGAGAAAUCUGAAAAAAAAGAGAAAAGGAAAGAGAUCCAA